CCAUCCAGUGACCACAUUCAGAGUAGUAGACAGAUCACAACAGGAAAACAGGAGUCUGACACUGUGACAUAGAUCUAAAUCAACCAAAUUAGACAGUGGCAUAUAUCUAAUCAACCAGAUACUGUAGGACUCCAAAUCUCCUUGAUGGAUCUCAGGGUUCUGGCUUUUGUGCUGUGUGUCACCAUAUACUCCAUCCAAGGAGCCAUUCCAAAAUGUUGUGUUGGGACAUCCAGGAACAUUCCUUUGAGCUUACUAAUGCGAGUGGAGCGAUAUGAUGUCCAACACAACCAUGGUGCAUGUGAGAUCGACGCUGUUGUAUUACAUGCCAAUGGGAGGAAGUACUGUGCAGACCCAAGAGUGAAGAAGGUCCUGGGAGUUGCCAUGCAGAUUAGGAAAGCUCAACUGAUGCGGGAAAAACUGAACUCAAUCAUGAGAAGAUGAGGAUAUAGAUCCUGACAGUUCCCUACAGUGGAGUCACCGUGACAACUUUGAUUAAUGCGUUUUAAAUUCAAGUCUUUUUGUUCUGUUUACACAUUAAAAAUAUAUAUUUUUAAGUUGCCUUUUUAUAAUGUUCAUAUUUCAAUCAUUAAUAAAUGAACUGUGAUUUUCAAUUACCCUAAUUAGCUUUUGCUUUAUUAGCCAACUCAAAUGUGGUGAGUGACCAGCAAUAACAACUCAAAAUUAGUGAGGCUGAACAAAAUGCACAUGGAUAGAUUAAACAGCUUGUUGAACCUUCGAUCAGUGAAUUACUUCCUCUUCAACAUACAGUCCGUUUAGUGAUUUAAAUGAGUCAGUGGUUGGUGAUCUGAUCCAGGGUUUCCACUCAAGCAGCAUACUUUGUGUUAAUUAAUUACUCUAGAAGGCACUGCAUUCCCCGAAACAUUGAUUAUUGGGUUUACCCAUGAAAUUAUUGGGAGCAUAUAGAGUAUAUGUGACUUAUUUUACAAUUCAUUUAUUUUAACCACAUGGGUUACACCCCAGUGAAAUAUGAGAAAUAAAGUAUUAAAACAAUGGAAA